AUCAUUAAUCAAUUGUCCUUUUAAUUAAUCCUAUGGAGAAAUCCGACCAAAUUGUUACAUGGAGCUCUGAGGAACUAUUAGGUUUAGGGAAUGUUAAGUUUUAUAGAUGUAGCUUUUGUAAACGAGGUUUUUCGAAUGCACAAGCAUUAGGUGGACAUAUGAAUAUUCAUAGAAGAGAUAGAGCAAGGCUUAGAGAAUUUUCAAGUGAUCAAAAUUUGCUUUCAUUGGAUAUCAAAAACUCCGUUUAUCCUCCUCCUCCUCGUCCUCCUCCUGGAAAUGAUGAGUUGUUGCAACGAGAAGUAUCAUUAUAUGAUGAGGGAAUAAUUUGUAGCCCCUCGAAAAGGCCAUGUGUUAAGGUCAUGAGUUGUGAUCAUAAUCCUCCUCCUCUUCCUCCUGCUCUUCCACAUGAUGUCUUGUUGCAACGAGAAGAAUCAUCUUAUGGUGAAACAAUUAUUAGUAGCCCCUUGAAAAGGCCAUGUGUUAAGGUGAGUUGUGAUCAUAAUCCUCCUCCUCGUCCUCCUCCUCAUGCUCUUCCACAUGAUGUCUUGUUGCAACGAGAAGUAUUAUCAUCGUAUGAUGAAACAAUUAUUAGUAGCCCCUCGAAAAGGCCAUGUUUUACAUAUGAUCAAGAAAAGGAUCAUUAUGAUCAUAGUCUUUCUCUUGUAAAUGAUGAUUCAUUACAACGAGAGGUAUCAUCAUACGAUGAGACAAUAAUUAGUAGCUCCUCGAAAAGGCCAUGUGUUACAUAUGAUGAAGAAAAUGAUCAUCUAAUUACAUCCAAGGUGAAUUAUUAUGAUCAUAAUCAAGAAGUGAUUAUUGGAGAUCUUUUGCAAUUACCUUUAUUCAAGGAGACUCCAUUAAUUAAAGAAGCAAGCAAAUGUUUGGAAAACGAGAAAGUAGAAAACAAGGGGAUAUUGGAGCAAAAUCAUGUUUCAAUAUUGGAUCUUGAGCUUCGGUUAGGGAUGGAACCACCCGAGUCCUUGACAGAGACAGAUCCAUGAUUUGAACUUCAUAAGUUUUGAAUUUGAAGUUUAUGUGAUCUAAGUUUACC